AUGAACGAUAUGGCAAAGCCUCUCCCUACUCCACCAACUGUUGAGAUCAGGAAAAGUCGAUCAAAUUCACCAAGAAAAGCUCAGAAAACAAAUACAAGCCCCAACAAGAAUCGCAAUAAUGUGAAAAGUGUACCUGAAUCAAAAGGAAGAACCACAAAUGAGCACGAUAAUAUAGAGGAUGAGGAGUUUGAAUUCUUCCAUCAAUUUAGUCGGGAGAAAGUGAAAGGCGUCAUACACGUAAUCACUGCUGAACUUAAGGAAAAAGGUCCAGAUGUUGAAUUUUUGAUGAUACCGUUCAGGCCGGAACAAACGAACGACAAAUUAUUGACAUUAUUAAAUCAGUUAUUCCCACUAGGAAACGGACAACCAGUUAACGAAAAAAGGCAGCUAAAAAUUAUUUCCAAAACCGAUGUCUGGACUUUAUUUCAGUGCUUGAAAUACAUUUGGUGCAGACUUCCAAAUUCAGAAAUUAUAGGUUGGAAAUCUUAUAUGGAAUUUAAAUUCAGAGAAGAGGAUAAAGAAUUUCCUCGAAAAUCAUUUUUAGAAAUCAUGCCUCAAUGUCUGGCAUCUCCAAAUCAUGCAUCGAUCGUUUACGAUUUUUUUGAUUUGAUUAUCUCAAUUUCAUCAAAUUCAAGAGUUAACAAAAUGAGUGCCAGAAAAAUAUCAAAGAUGUGCGCAAUCUGGGCAUUUAGUAAACAGAAACCAAAUUCCGAUGUUCAGGAUUACGAUUUUGAAUCAGGCGCUAUAGAGUCAUCUGCUCCUAAUAAUUCCAUACAAGAUGGGUUAGAUCAAUGGAUUCCUGCUUCGGAUGCCAUGUUUCAUCUACUCUUAGCAUUUUUAAGAAGUUUCGUUCCUCAGGAUCUUGAAUCUGCAAAACUGCCGCGAACACUUAAGAGUUUAUUGUUCAAUAAUCAGUAUCCUCCAAGAAAAUCAACAGCGUACACAUCAGAGACAAUUUUAACCAUUCCCCUAGUGACUUUAAAGACAGAUGUGUUUUCGAGAAAGCCUUGGCAAUUAUUGGAACGCUGCAAUGAUCUUCUAGACUUCACCGAUCAUGAUGCCUUUGAAGCAAGAGAAGAUUACGCUUUAUUAAAGUCUUUAUUCAGAAAGAAAAACACGGUGGAGGGAAUUAGCAGGAAAAUGUCCCAGGAGUCAAGAAGAUUGAUGAAAGCAAUGUCUACCAAACAUUCAACAUUUCAACCAGGUUGGGCUCCCAGAAAAUGUAUUGAAAACGUUUCUCAUUUAAAAGAAUGCAUCGAGGUUAAAAGACUAGAUAUUGAUGAUUAUUUUAUUUGGACUUGGCUGUCAUCCCUUUCUUUCGAACAAACAUCCGAAAAAAAAAAAAUAUUUGGAAGAUCUAUUAUACUAGAAUUCGAAUUUGAUGGAUUUAAAAAAUGGGUGGUUUUCCAAGAAUGUGAUGUAACAUUAGAUUACAACAAAAAGGGUCAGUUCAAGAGAAAGAGUUCUGUGCACUCAUCGUCGGCCGAAAAGGAACAACCUCCCGAUUUUGAGUUAGCGGAUCAACCUCUCUCCAAGUCACCUACAUUAUCUCAAACCUACAAAAAAUUCCAAGCUGAGGUACCUCAGCAAAGUACUAUUCAAAGGGAUUCAGCGCCCGAUAACCAAGGAAUUUACCACACAGUCAUUAGUAAAAAUGCGUUGGCCAAGAACAAGCAUAAUGUGAAUUUGCAUUCGUUUGAACAUAAAAUCUCCAAGUGGAAUCCUUUAAACAACCUACGAAAGAAAGGUGGUAGUAACUCUAGUAGUUCGUCUUCUUUUGAGAACAAGAGCAAGGACGCUCCCAUCCGUGAAGAGUAUCAUACAGGCAAAAAUCAUAAAUCAAAGAAAGAAGAGCGGGUUCUAUCUGAAUUUAGCACACUUAAUCCAGACGAAUAUCAAUUACCAGUCAUCGAGACCGAUUCAUCAACUUUUAAGAUUGAUAUACCAGAAUUAAUGUACGAACAUGAUGAUGAUGAGGGUGAAAAGGGCCCUGCCGUCCUAAUGAACAACGAACUUGCAAAUCCACACAUAAAAGCCGCUGACUCAACCAUUGAAGAACUAAACGGCAUGGUUGAAGAAAUGAUGUUUAGUGAGCCAGAAGAUGUGAAAAUAUCCAUAACUGAGGCGGAAACUUUCGAAUCAUUGACAAAGUUUGAUCAAUAUAAACCAUCCAAUAUAACUGACGAUGACUUACAAAGUAGCCAUUCAAGCGCCAUUCACUCUCUGAAAUUGAGUACCAAUACAAACGAUUCAUGCGCUGAUAGUUCCAAAUACACCGCUGAUAGAAAAUUAGUGGAACCAAGAAAGGUUUCCGAGGAAUCUAAACUCAAUGACGAUUCAUCUUCAUAUUAUUCUCCAAAUAUAAAUAACUUACCGAAGUCAAGGAUGCCUAGUCAACCAACUUAUUCAAACUCGGAUUCAAAAAAAGUAUCCACGAAUGAGUCUCGCCUGAACGUCUUACAAGGCGCGGCUAAUCCGCCACAACAGGUAAUACCAAAACCACCAAGAAGAGCACCUGGAAACAGCAUAUCUCCUGUUCAGCAGAAAUGCUAUCAAAACGAUCGUAGAGAUGAACUGUCACCUGCGAGUGCACCAGUUCCGUCUUCUGCAUAUUCACCUGUGAGGUCUCCCCAAUUUUCCACAACCUCGGCAGGAUUUAAGCAGAAUACGCUUAAUAUGCCUGUCGGAUAUAAAGAACCUGCUCACGUUUUAGCAAACCAACAACCUAUGAUGUAUCGGGACCAGCAUAAUUAUCCUCCUCAACAACAAAAACAACGCCCUUUCCAAAAUACUAUUGUGCCCCCAGAACUAAAGUUUAGAAAUCAACGAACAGAAGAUUUACCAAUCUCCCAACAUACGGUGCCAGUGAAACAAGGUGUGCCCAAUGUGCCAUCUAAUGUUCCAUUAUAUCAACAAAUGGAACGCAUGAAUCCAAUCUACCAGCACCCUGUAAAUAAUCACAAAGUAACUCAGCUACCACAUCAUAAAAACGCGACAAAUGCUUAUGGAAAAGGCCAUGCAGACAAUGUGCAAAUGCUAGAUGGAAAGUGGGGCAACCAUCCGCCACGGAUGAUGCCCAAGGGGGUUCGCUCCAAUCAAUAUCCACAACAGCAUGUUAACAGGUAUACACCGCAGGCUCAACCUGUUGUGCCCGCAGAAUAUUACAAUGGACCUCCGCCUAUGCAAGCACCCCCAAUGAUGUCCCAUAUGAUACCAGCUCAGGAGCCAGUGCACUACACGGCUGGUGCCAACAGGCGCAGUUUUCCCCAAAGCAUGAAGCAAAAUGCCUAUGCCGUACCCGUUCAGCCAAUGGGGGCUCUAAAUGGUGAAUUUUAUCUACCAGAAGCUCCCCAGGGAAACAAACUGCAUGGAAACAUUAAUAAGAGACAGGAGAGAAAGAAACUAUAUGAUAACAUUAGGAGCGGAAACUUCGGAAUAUAG